CACGGCUUUCACUCGACUUUUCGGACAACGUUAUUUUCUUUGAUAUAAAACCCUGAGAACAAAUUCAAAUGAGCGGCCUCAAUCUCAAUUUCUCAUCCUCCUUCUUCACCGCCUCUCUGCCUCUAAUCCAAUCCCAAAUUCCAAACCCUAAAUUUCCUCGAUUCCAACAUACUCUUUCAGAAAUCGACAGACUAAACGAUGUUGUUUCAUAGUACCACAUGCUAGCUCUUCCGAUCUUCCGCUCCUCCCAUUUGAUAUAAACCAGGCUCCUAAGGUGGAAUUGUUGCAAACAUGUAUUGCAACUCCUUAAUGUGGGCAGAAAAGGAGCCUUCUGUCGAUUGUGAUGAAGCUUUUGUUCCAUCAUUGGCUGAACGAAUAUCCUUUGCAGCACUUCAACCUGUAACAGUGGGUCUAAGAUCUUCCCUGCAUUUAUUGGUUUCCUUAAAAGCAAAGACCCCAGUGAUGGGACAGAGCAGGCAUUACUGAACGAGGUAGCUUCUUUUGAUGAUUAUAUAAAAGAAAAUGAGAUAUGGCAUUGUCAAAUUCCAUCUGAGUCCUUCGGCAACCUCCACUCACUACAUGUCGAGAAUUGUGCAUCACUAUUGAAAUUCUUGCCAUCCUUUUUGCUAAGCAGCUUACAGAAUUUGGAAGUAGUAAUUUUAAAAAACCGUGAUCUACUAGAAGAAGUAUUUGAUCUUGAAGGUAUAGAUGUUAAUAAUGAACAUGUUCGGCUGCUCUCUAAGUUGAAAAAAUUAAGCUUAAUUGGUCUUCCUAAGUUGAGGCAUAUAUGCAACAAGGACAGACCCUAGAGACAACUUGUGCUUCCAAAACCUGAAAUGGCUGAAUGUGGACAACUGUGGCAGCUUGAGAAACCUUUUCCUUCCUUCUAUGGCCUCAGAUCCUGUGCCACUUAGAGGUGUAGAAGUGAUGGCUAUAGGCAAUAUCGUAUUUCCUCAAUUAACCCACCUUUCACUGGAAUCUUUGCUCAACCUAACAAGUGUCUAUCCCAGAUGUCAUUCUCUACAACAGCUUGACCAUGGAAACCUAGAUGUACCCUUUGGAGUGCUCUUCAAUGAAAAUGUAGCAUUUCCUAGCUUGGAAUUAUUAAAUAUCUCAGGCCUGGAUAAUGUGGAAAAGAUAUGGCACAACCAACUUCUUGAAGAUUCCUUUUCCCAACUAAAAGAGAUUAGGGUAGCAUCCUGUGGAAAACUGCUGAAUAUUUUUCCAUCCAGUAUGCUGAACAGGUUACAGAGUCUACAGUUUCGGAGAGCGGUAGACUGUAGUUCAUUAGAAGUGGUUUAUGACAUGGAGUGGAUAAAUGUUAAGGAAGCUGUAACAGCCAGUGUGUUGAGUAAACUGGUUUUAUAUUUUCUACCAAGCCUUAAGCAUAUAUGGAAUAAGGAUCCCUAUGGAAUUCUCACCUUUCAAAACUUGAAGUUAUUAGAAGUUGGUCAUUGUCAGAGUCUAAAAUACCUUUUUCCAGCCUCUUUAGUUAGAGACCUUGUGCAACUUCAGGACCUGCGGGUAUCAUCUUGUGGAGUAGAGGAACUUGUUGUGAAGGAACAUGGAGUGGAGACAGCUCCUAGGUUUGUAUUCCCUAUAUGACCUCUCUGAGACUGAUGAAUCUGCAACAUGUCAAGAGUUUCUACCCUGGGACACAUACUUCAGAAUGGCCUUUGUUGAAAAAUCUGGAGGUAUGUGAAUGCAAUAGAGUGAAGAUAUUUGCUUACAAAAUUCCAACAUUCCAAGAAGUACAUCUGGAGGGCAAAGUCGAUAUCACAAUUCAACAGCCACUUGCCUUAUUCGAGACAGUUGCAUUCCCUAAUUUGGAGGAAUUGACAUUGGAUAGUAACAGCACCACAGAAAUACAGCAAGAGCAAUUUCCAGUGCAGUCCAUUUGCAAACUUCGAGUUCUGAAUGUACUUAGAUAUGGAGAUAAUUUGGUUGCAAUUCCAUCCUUUAUGCUUCAUACGUUACAUAAUCUGGAAAAGCUCAAUGUGAGAAGAUGUGGUUCAGUCAAAGAGGUUGUACAACUUGAAGAACUUGUUGAUGAGGAAAGUCAUGCCAUGGCACUUGCUGAGUUAAGAGAAGUACAGCUGCAUGACCUACCUGAGCUGACACAUUUGUGCAAGGAAAACUUCAAACGAGGCCCUCGUUUUCAAAAUCUUGAAACUCUUCAAGUAUGGAACUGUGGCUGUUUGAUAAGUUUGGUACCAAGCUCAGUGACAUUCCAGAACCUAGCAACUUUAGAUGUAUGGUCUUGUGGCAGUCUGGUUAAUUUGCUACCACCAUCAACAGCUAAAAGUCUGGUGCAACUCAAAAACCUCAAAGUAGGUGGAUCAGAUAUGAUAAAAGAAGUAGUUUCCGGAGGAGGAGGCGAAGCAACAGAGGAGAUUGCUUUUUGCAAAUUAGAACACAUUGCACUUGUUUGUUUAGCAAACCUCACAAGCUUCUGUUCAGGAGGCUAUACUUUCACAUUCCCAUCCUUGGACCAUCUGGUAGUGGAAGAAUGCCCGAAGAUGAAAGUUUUCUCGCAAGGCUUCUCAACUACACCAAGGCUAGAGAGAGUAGAUGUGGCAGAUAAUGAAUGGCAUUGGGAAGGUGACCUCAAUACCACCAUUCAAAAGUUGUUUAUACAGCUGCAUGGAGCUGUCCAUGGUUUUUUGUCCUUGAAUAAAUUGAGCAUCAAGUUGCCGAGGUUAAAGACGAAGGUUUUAUCUGGAAAGAAAUACUUGAAACAGUUGAGAAACGGUUAGCAGCAUGUGAGAAAGAGAGUUGGUUCGAGAAACAAUGUUGGGUGUUUUCUCAUCUUUGUAUUGAUUCUUUGUUUCAUUAUAUCCAUCCUUAUUUUUUGAUGGCUGUUCAGGAUGAUAAUUGAUGCAUUGGUGCAAGCGUUACUCAUCUUACUCCCAGUCAUGUUGAGAAAGCUUGUUCUUCGGUUAAUAAACUUCCAGUGGUGAUCAUGAUAUGGUAUUCGAUAUAAUGGGUAUCCAAGAUAGAUAGCAUAAUAUUUCUGAUGAUUGGAAACCCCAUUAGUCAAGUUUCCAGAUUCAUAGUUUAUCUCUACUUUUUAGCCUUACAUUUUCUCAUGUGUAAGAUGCCUUUUGAGAUAUUUAUCUUGUUCUGAUUCAAUGAAAAGUAACUAAAUAUAUUUAGUCCAAUUUUAUUUUUCUAUUCAAAUUAGGGAUAUGCAUGUCAGGGUCAGUAAUAAACUAAACAUUAGUUGGUAGUCCAUGUAACUGUGGAGGUCAUUUUAUAGUGAUUGAGAGUGAGGCUAGCUGAUGAGGCAUAAACAAAUUCUCAACUUUUAUUUUAAUGGAAGGUGAUUCUCUCAAGUUGGUCA